GAGAGACGCGAUUGGGACUUAGGGAUCCCCUGUUUCCUUUAUUAAGAAUAAGCGGGAUCGAAAAGCCAUCAGGAUGUUUAGCAACAACGCACUAAAAUCCUUUAUGAAGAAGAUGAAUGUAAUGACGCAACCGGAAACCGGUGCGUCGGGGUCGGUUACGCCGGAAGAGAGCGGAAAAACCUUGAGCAGAUUGCUGGGAAACAUCAUGGCGACAGGAAACGUCACAAAGCCGGCCAAGGUCACCCCAAUGGAGGACAUUCAGCCCAAAGAGGAAUCCUCCACGAUUGAAUCUCUAAAAUCAAAGUCGGAAGCGAGCGGCAAGACAAGCAGCGGGGACGAUUGCAGAGUAUGCCGGAAGUCGUUCGGUCCCGAGGAAGUCUCGCGAACUUGUUGCGAGUGUCAACAUAAGGUCUGCGAGGACUGCGCCUCGUAUUCAACGACAACGAAUUCUGACGAUCCAUCUUCCUGGCGAUGUAGUGUUUGCCGCCGAAAGAUCGCCUCGAGGGACCAGCCGAUAGUGACACAGGAAUCCACGGAUUCGUUGCUGGAUGUGCCGAUUCUGGAAGCUCUUCAAAGGAGGCAUAGCGAUGCCCGACUUGGACCCACCGGAAGUCAAAUUGGCGCACUCGGAACAGGAUUGGCUCCGCCGCGGAGCCCGGAAAUUCGAAGGCAUUCCGACGUUUCGCCGGCCAGUCUCAAGGAACUGGAGAAGUUUCGAAAGGUUGCAGGGGAGCGCCAGAGAGAGGAGCUCAGAUGGGAGCGCGACCUGGACCGGAAAAGCAAGUCAAGGGGUGGCUCACCGGAUCGCCAUCAGGCCUCCGACAGAGGGAGAGCGACCAGCCCUCAGAGGGUCGUCAUGCCGGCUCAGACGAGCGCGAUCGAGCAGGAAGGCGGCGAUCUGGACGACGAGGAGGAGCGUCGGCGACGCGCUCGUCGCGGAGGAGGUACGAUUCGUCGUAAAUCUCGGGUGACCAGGCAGAGAUCCUACGACGAUGAAAUUAAGACGGCGGCCGCGAUGGCCGGCGGUGGUGUGCAGCCGACACAUCCCGACACCGGCCUAGGACUUCCGGUCCAGCUGCCGAGACGAGCGUCUGCCUACGACGUUUACGCCGCGCCCGGAAGUAGCGGUCUCAACGCGAUGGCCAUCGCGGCCGCCCAGCAAAGAGCCUCCAUCUCGGCGCAAGACGCUCGGGAACCUGAAGAACGACCCGUAACGCGCAGGUCCUCUUUCCGCGCUGUAAAGCCGGUGAUGCCUUACGAAGUCGCCGGCAACGACGAGAAGAUGAUUAAGCUAGACUCGUCAUCCGCACCUGCAGUGGCACCGCCUGCAGUGUCCCAGCCCGUUCUUGUACCCGACGAGGAGAGACGUAAUCGGCGAAGGGGCUCCCAAUUACCUGACAUAAACGCGAUAAGGGCGUUGACAUCAGCUCAACCAGGAGCGGCGAAAGGUGCCCCUUCAACGGCCGUUAGCAGGGUCGCAGCUGAAGAACGCGAAUUGCCUCGACAGGGCAGUCUGGUCGACGGAGAGGGCAUCAAGAUCGUCAUUCAUGACGUGGACAGUGAUCUUGCUCCACGAAUGAAUGCGAAGAGAAGAGUGAAGCUGAGAAGAGAUCCGGUCAUGGAUAAAGGACACAGAACGCGCGGAUUUGGCAUGAGAGUGGUGGGCGGCAAGACCGGAUCGGACGGGCGCAGCUUCGCGUGCAUCGUAUGGACCGUGUCAGGUGGUCCCGCCGAAAAGGCCGGCUUACAACAAGGCGACAAGGUGCUAGAAUGGUCCGGUGUAUCUCUUAUUGAUCGGAGCUUCGAGGAGGUGCAGCAGAUAAUCGAGCGAACCGACGACGUAGCGGAAUUGGUGGUGGAGCAUGCGACCGAUAUUACUGGAGACUUACUAGAUGAUCCGCAAUCUGGAAAGACACCUACAAAUUUGGGCCUUCUAAUGGAAACCGAAACGGACAAAACGCCCUCGUCGCCGACGCGCAGGAAACUGCCAAAAACGCCGGAGCAAAUAGCAAAAGAGAGGCAGGUGACUGGUCGCAUACAAAUCCAGGUUUCGUACGAGACAGAACGCAAAGAAUUGGUCGUUUCAGUUUUUAUGGCCGACGACUUAUGUGCCCGGGAAGACACUGGAUUCGGUACCUUGCCGGAGGCUUUCGCCAAACUCGUUCUUGCUCCGCCAUGCGGCGAUGCAACUCCGCUGAAGACUAUCGUGGCCGAGCCGACCCAGAAACCUAUUUGGAACGCUACAUUGUUCUUUACCGGAGUUGAUGGUGAGAGCCUGAUGGAACGUGCGAUCGAGGUGACUCUCUGGGAUUACUGUCCUGAUGGUGAUAAUGUGUUCCUCGGUGAAUGCACUGUCGAUGUUCAGCGAGCGCUUGAAAAUGAUCGAGCGGUUUGGUAUCGAUUGGAGGAUCCGCGCGGACUUCGAACAGGCAAAUCGCCGUACUGCUCGCCACGCGGUUCGCUAUCGAUGGACAUCGCCCAACGAUUGCUGAGGAAGGAGCUGCGGGAUCGUAGCUACAGCGACGACACGCAGAGCGACAGCGGAAGUCCAGAGUUCUGCUUCCUACAUCCGGAUCACGCCUGGCAUGCCAAUUCCAGACGCGGUUCCAGCCAGUCCGAACAGCUCGAGAUCGAGCCUUACGAGCUCAACCGGGAUUACAGCAGAUCUCUGCCGGGUAGCCGCAGAAGCAGCUUCCAAAGUCAGGGCGGCACUGAUAGCAAACGUGGAAGCAUGGGCGAAGCCGAUCUGCCCGCCAUAGUGCAUUAUAAUCGUGAUCGGCGGCGUAGCUCAUUCACGAGACCGAUGAGGGAUCCCGAAGAGAUACUGGAGGGAUUACGAACAUUGAAGGCGGCCAAGGGUGAGCUCAACAGGACCAUGAGCCUUACCGGCGACAAGAGACGCGGGAGCCAGUGCGUAGUCCCAACAGUUACUGUGUGGCAGUGCGAGCCUGUGUCUCCGAGGACCGGUAAAUCGGCCUCCUUCCCACUGCCGCACUCCAUACCACCUCGAUAAAUAACUGCAGGGCACUAUCAACCAACAUUACGGGCUUCCGAUGACUAUAACGGCUGGAAUCAUAUUCGGCACGAAUAAAAAAUUUUUUUGAGGCACCUUGGUUGGACUACUAUAACCCCGAAACAAACAAAUAUUUUUGUUUGAAAAAAAUUCAGGAUAUACUUGAAAUGUUAUUUAAUAAACGUGCAAAGUUUAGAAUUAAUAUGUUUUAUACCUUUCUUUAAAAAAAAAUCCCAAAAAUCGCUUUAUUUUCAGAGUGUCAAACUAGGAAGACCCCUUAAUGCAACAAAUUUAGUUUAAAAACUAAAUUUAGUAGAAUAAUUGUAACUGUAUUAAUAUAUUCUAAUAUUCUUGCAGGAAUAUAUAUUUACGUAGGUCAAUCAAAUAUAAACGAGACUUUUCGAAUAGGAGCAAGAUAUCUUAACGCUCGUUAUUGUGACGAUAGUGGGCUGUUGGUAGACGUGUCUAGAUCCGCUCUAAGCUGCGCGUUUGGUUUUACAAUCGUUUAUUUAAGCACGAUGAAUAAACAAGAUGCCUGUUUUGAUUGCGCAACGUAUAAUUAUUAAAUUUUUAACGCGCGAACAUGUUAAACUGCUGAAAUUUUGUGAGAUUACGCGUACAGUUCAGUAAGAACACAUUAUCGAAGUCCCAAGUAUGCAAAUGGCAUCAAUUUUUUUGUCGGUAUUUUGAAGAUCGUGAAAAAAUUGCAAAUUUGACUCAUGCGCGUUGACCAAACACGAGCAUUAAGAAGAGCCAAAGAACAUUCAACAAAUUGACGAUCUUAUUAAAGACGACCGAUAAAUAAUUGUUUGUGAAAUUAGUAAGUACCUAGUAAGAACCUAGUAAAGGGACUGAUAUAAGUUAUGGACAUGUACAAACAAUCGGAGAAUGAGUUACGAUUUCGAAAAAUCACUGCACAAAGCAAGCCACGAAUUUUGAAUGCAGAUCAGAAGGCCGUUAGGGUUGAAAUCUCUCAGAGGCUUUUGGAUCGCCAUGCAGUAGAAGGAGACGCAUUUUUGAUGCGCAUUCUCACAUAUGAUGGAUUUGUUUGGACCUCUUAAAGAAGUCUUAUGGGGAAAAAGGUUUUCCAAACAACGACGAGGUGAAAGACUUCGUGCGCAAUUGGCUUCGUACUCAUCCUACCUACUACUUUUCAUAAAGCAAAGAUAAGAAAACUGCCAGUGCAGUGACAGAAAUGUGUCAACAUUAGUGGAUACAAUGUAAAAAAAAAAAAACAAGUAGAGUUGUGCAAAUUAGAAACUUGCACAUUGCUUCCUCUUUAUUUUAUCUUACAAUGCUUAAGCUGCUUUA